AUGAAUCUUCUGCUUCAUCUUCUUCACGGUGUGGUUGCCACCUUCUUCUACGACGCUGCUGUUGCAGAAACCUUCAGCCAUGUGGUUUACAACCACAACUCCAGGUGCGUUGCUUAUAAAGCCCUGCCUGCGUGCUUUGGGCCACCGCUCCCGGUGGAAGGGCUGGCAGGGCAUAUGAUCAGGGUGACACCACCGAAAGCUUGCCAUGCAAUAGAGCAUCCUCCAGCAACCAGUAACGCCUCCGAGACAUAUAUUGCACUCAUACAGGGGUCUGGCUGCUCUUUCGUUGAGAAGGUUCUCCACGCGCAGCAGGCUGGAUACCACGCUGCUGUGGUCUACAAUGCGGAUUCAGAGAAGCUGAUGAACAUGGUGUCUGAUAAGGAAAGCCAGCAGCAGAUUGAGAUACCAUCGCUCUUCACUGGAGAAUCUGUCUUCCUUCACUUGCAAAGGACUUUGCGUUAUGAGAAAGGGGCAUGCAUCAGCCUUAUACCCCCCAAACACUCUUCCAAUCGUUGUCAAGAUGCUGCUAAAGUUUUAUGGGACACAGCUUGGCAGUACUGGCUGCUCCUGAUGAAAUACCCCUCUUACUACAUCCUGCACUGCAUCGCACAGGAGUUUGGAUUCAUGUUGCAUGUGGUCAUCAUCGCCACCAUCCCGCUUGUGGUUGGCCUGAGCUGGUACAAGAAAGCCCACCGGAUAACGGUGCGCACUUACCAGCGGGGAGACAAGUACGAAACCUGCGUGAUCUGCAUGGCGGAGUUCGAGGCAGGCGACCAGCUGAAGGUCCUGCCCUGCUCCCAUGCUUACCACCGUGCCUGCAUUGACACCUGGCUGCACACCCAGCCUGGGAAGAAGACGUGUCCCUUCUGCAAGCAGCAGGUGAGCACCCGUGUGCAAUGUGUCCACCUGGACAUAAGAAAUAACCCACCAGAGCACGCUGGUGAGGGCUUGAAUGAGGAGGAAGAGGAAGAAGAGGAGGAAGAACAGAGCCAUGAGGACAGUGCAUUCCAAGAAGGACACGGGGACGAGUACGUUGAGGGGGAGAAAGAUGACUAUGCAAGCGCGGUGGAAGAGGAAGGGUUUGAUGACCUGGAAAACAGCACCGUUUGA